UGCAAAUCCAAACCGGUUACUCCAUGAGAAUCGUUUUUAUUAUCCCAGCCUCACUUUAUCUUUGACGCUUGUAUCCGAGAGUGGGAAAAGCGCCGGUGAUUAAUUACCGCGGUCUGGCGUGUGGCGCUGUUGACUGAAACGUCGGAGAGGUCCGUGAUGAACGGCGUGAUCGCGUGUAUCGGGCUCAUGUGCUAUGACUCUGCACAAACUCCUGCUGCUCUGAUAGAUGGACGCAGGCCAGACAGGGAGGAAGAGUGGGGUGGGUCUCUGUAGUGGGGAGAGAGAGAGAGAGAGAGAGAGAGAGAUUUACAAAUUGAUAGGUGGUCUCGUUUUGUUUGGCCGCACAGCUCAGAUGCGUGAGAGGGUUUCCUUCUCUUUAAGGAUUCAGUCAUCGCGAUGGCCACCGGGAGACCAAGCAUGAGUCGCUGCCUCGGCGACACUUAGUGCUGCUCGUGCCGUGGAUUGAAGAAAAAAAUAUCCCAGCUCGAGACUUAUCUAACUCACUUUCAGAUGCGUAAAAAUUCUCUAGCUUUCAGCGCGCGACUGAUAUAAAAAACAGUUUGGAAUCCUUAUAAUAUUAUCACUUUUUGUUUGUUUUUUUUUUUUAACUAAAUUGCUAUUUUGACACGGGCGCAGGGAUGACUACCGAAACCGUACAGCAGCAACUGGACCCUCCGCCUUCUCUGCGCUCGAGCCCCGUGCACUCCGGGCUCCAGAGCUCGCGCACGGUUCUGGAGAGCACCACUGGUGCAAACGCUUCCAAAAGCAAAAAGUCCAACUCAGGCAUGAGACGCCCCGAGAAGCCACCCUACUCCUACAUCGCCCUCAUCGUAAUGGCUAUCCAAAGCUCGCCGACCAAACGCCUGACUCUAAGCGAGAUCUACCAGUUCCUGCAGGCCCGUUUCCCGUUUUUCCGCGGCUCGUAUCAAGGCUGGAAAAACUCUGUAAGGCACAACUUAUCUCUCAACGAGUGUUUCAUCAAGCUGCCCAAGGGCCUUGGGCGGCCCGGUAAGGGUCACUACUGGACCAUCGACCCCGGUAGCGAGUUCAUGUUCGAAGAAGGUUCGUUUCGUAGGCGCCCACGCGGUUUCCGUAGAAAGUGCCAAACUCUCAAGCCCAUGUACCGUAUGAUGAACGGGCUCGGCUUCGGCGCCUCCGUGCUGCCGCAGAACUUCGACUUCCAGCCGCCACCGGCGCCGCUCGCGUGCCACGCCGGCGGCUACAACCUGGACGCCAUGGCAAGCGGCGCUUAUGACGGACUCGGCGCCGCGGCUCAUCACGUACCGAGUGCGAGCUCUGCGUACAUGUCCCCUGCGUGCCAGGUCACCUCGAGCGGCGGCGACUACGCGCACGACAACAACGGCAACAGCACCGGAAGCGGCAGCAGUCCGCUUCAUUCACCGCCGGCCAUGAGUGGACCUCUGGAGUGUCCUUCACCGUAUACCACCGCCGCCACCGCGCACUGGCCUACAUCCGCCGUGUCGCCCUACAUCAAGCAGUCUCCUCUGGCUGCAGGCAGCCCGACAUCAUCCUCAUCCUCCGGUUUACACUCGGGUGUGGCACCAUACGCCCUCGAACAGAGCUACCUGCACCACGGAGCCAGAGACGCAGCAGAUAUCUCAGUGGGAAUCCCUCGGUAUCAGUCUCACUCUUCUCCAGUGUGCGACAGGAAAGACUUUGUGUUGAACUUUAAUGGCAUCGCAUCUUUUCACCCGAGUGCUGGAGGAUCUUACUACCAUCAUCACCACCACCAUCAUCAUCAUCAACUACACCACCAAGGAAUCUGUCAAGACAUCAAGCCGUGUGUAAUGUAGACCAAAAACAGGACAGAGACACACAGACACACCAGAGACGGAAAAAAGUGGAGCCUAAUAUGUAUGUAUAUGUAUGUAUAUGUAUAUGUAUAUGUAUAUAGGCUAUAGGUCCUGUUUCCAAAGUCCCGGAAAUAGUGUUGAAGAUGCAAAGAUUCUGAAUGGACUUAUGAAAUGUAAAUUAUGAAGAGUGGGAAGGAAACAAUAAUAGGCCCGUUUAGGAUUUACAUAAACCUAUACAGUGUUGACUUUACACACACACACACACACACACACACACACACACACACACACCAAAGAUACUGGCGGAAAUGCUGCUCACUCGUAAGAACUAAGGAACCCUGA